AGUCGGUAGAAUCUCCAGUACCUAGAACUCCACCACAAGUUCUGCGGGACCUAACUUCAUUGAAGACAACUCCUGAUAAGCAACCGAUAAGUAAUAAAAAAAUUCUUCAAUAUUCCGAGGAGAUAUCUGUAAUAUGCACGUUUGACAAGUCGGUUACCGAGUUGACUUUAGAAAUCAGUGUGGAGCUUGCAAACAAACUUUCUUCUGUAUGCGAUACUAAUCCUGAAAUAUGGAUGCCAAUAUAG